GAAUCACGCAGCUGUAGCUCCGCUCGGUUAGCUGAACUCGGUCCCCGGCUGUCAGUUACUGAGACCAGUGACAGCCAAGUAUAUUGUUUCAUCCCGAGCUGUGCGUUGAAUACAAUCGCCAAAAUGUUCGAGGAGGCCAGCGAGGUGUUCGACAACAUGUUUAAAUCUUCGUUUCCCCUAACCUUUAUCGUGUUUAUCCCCGCGGUGCUGAUCCUUGUGUCACCGCUCCCGGCUGAGGCGGCACAUGAGUUCACGGUGUACCGCAUGCAGCAGUACGACCUGCAGGGACAGCCGUACGGUACCAGGAAUGCCAUCCUGAACACCGAGGCCCGUACUGUGGAGGCAGAGGUACUAAGUCGUCGCUGUGUUAUCAUGCGGCUGGCAGACUUCUCCUACGACAAGUACCAGAAAGCCCUGCGCCAGUCAGCGGGAGCUGUGGUCAUCACCCUGCCCAAGAACAUGUCUGCUGUGCCCCAGGACAUAGUACAGCAGUUCAUGGAGCUGGAACCGGAGAUGUUGGCCACCGAGACCAUCGUCCCUGUGUACUUUGCCAUGGAGGAUGAUGAGCUGCUGUCCAUCUACACCCAAACCCUGACCUCCUCCUCCUCGCAGGGCUCCUUGUCAGCAGCUGAAGUGCUGCUGCACACGGCCACAGCCAACGGCUUCCAGAUGGUCACCAGUGGAGCGCAGAGCAAAGCCAUCAGUGACUGGGCCAUCACCAGUUUAGAGGGUCGUCUGGCUGGAGUUGGAGGAGAGGACCUGCCCACUAUUGUUGUGGUGGCUCACUACGACUCCUUUGGUGUUGCUCCAUGGCUGUCGUAUGGAGCCGAUUCGAACGGUAGCGGAGUGUCCAUGUUACUAGAGCUGGCUCGUCUCUUCUCGAAACUCUACACCUACAAGAGAACUCACGCCGGAUACAACUUGCUGUUUUUUGUGUCUGGUGGAGGGAAGUUUAACUACCAGGGCACCAAACGUUGGCUGGAGGAGAAUCUGGACCAUACAGACUCCAGUUUGCUACAGGACAACGUAGCCUUUGUGUUGUGUCUGGACACUCUCGGGAAUGGAGACUCUCUGCACCUCCAUGUGUCCAAACCACCUAAAGAGGGAACUCCUCAAUACUCUCUGCUUAAGGAGCUGGAGAUGGUGGUGAGUAGUCAGUACCCGGAGGUCAAAUUCUCCAUGGUCCACAAGAAAAUCAACCUGGCCGAAGACAUGCUGGCCUGGGAGCACGAGCGCUUCGGGAUCCGCCGGCUGCCGGCCUUCACUCUGUCCCAUCUGCCCUCGCACCGCCUGGCUCAGCGCUCCAGCAUCAUGGACGUGCGGUCAGUGUCCCCCUCCUCUCGCCACGGAGCGGGAGAGCCCCCUGCUGGGCCUCACGUUGAUGUAAAGAAACUCGGUAGGAACACCAAGGUGGUAGCAGAAGCACUGGCCAGGGUCAUCUACAACCUCACAGAGAAGGGGGCCCCUGGAGACCUGCAGAUCUUCACAGAACAAAUGCAGGUCCAGGAGGAGCAGUUAUCAGCGGUGGUGGACUGGCUCACAGCGCAGCCGCGAGCCGCCCAGCUGGUGGACAAAGACAGCAGCGUGGUAUCCACUCUGGAGUAUCACCUCGGACGCUACCUCAAGGAUGUAAAGAGACACUACGUCAAAGCUGACAAAAGGGAUCCAGAGUUUGUAUUCUACGACCAGCUCAAGCAGACUAUGAACGCUUACAGAGUGAAGCCUGCUAUUUUUGACCUGCUACUGGCUGUGUGCAUCGCAGCCUACUUAGGGAUGAUGUAUCUGGCUAUCCAGAACUUCGGGGUCCUCUACAGUGUUGUCCGUAGAAUCACCCAACCCAAGGCGAAGGUCCACUAAACCAACCACCAACACCUUCUCUUUUCCGGACUCUGCUGUUGUCAUGAUGGUUUUCAAACCAGCAGAAUCGCUUCCAUUUUUCCUUCAUCCUGAUCCACAAACUAUGAUGUCAGAUCCUGUCCUGCUGCCAACUUAAUCCAUUUGGUCUCAGCGACCAGAAUAAUCAGGAAUCAUUCUUCUCUCCACAGAUGUCUUUGUCUUUCAUUUCUGAUAAUCCCUCGGAUUGGAAAUACUUCAUUAUUUGACUCUGGUGAUUGAUUUUAAACCAUUUGUCCACACCUCAGAGGUCUAGACGAGAUUAAGUGAGUUUGUGAUGUUGCUGUGCCACUGAUCGCUUCAUUCCUCUCCUCAGUAUACUGUACAAGUGAUCAUUCAGCCAAACUGACGUCACAUGUUUUCUCGGGCAGCUAGAGGGAGAAACUGACCAGACAGAGUUUAGCCCAGAAUUUAUUUUGUUGAGAGAUGUGUUCGCCAACCGUGUUGUAAAAAAGGACAGGUUCGCAUUUUGUCAAGUCUGUCUUAAUACAAUACUCACGCUCCCUAAAGUUCAGCUGAAGAUGAAAUGAAGCUUCAGCAGAGUUAUAAAGUAUAAGUCGCAGUUCCCUCCUUGUGCUCAUCAAAGAAACACUGUCCAUGAAAACACAGAGAGAAUGCCACAUUAAAAAGACUGUAAUAUCAGAAGAUUUCCACUUGGCUGACUCAAACUGCUGAAGCCUCACCAACUUCAGAAAGGACAGUGGCCUUUUGUCUUUUGGACCUUUAGGGCUGCAACUUACAAUUAUUUUAAUUACUAAAUCAUUUGUCGAUUAACUUUACAACUAAAACAUGUCAACUAGUACACGAACGCCCAUUGCAGGUUGUGCGAGCCAAAAGUGACAUCCUCACAUAUCCUUUUCUGUCAACGGUCCGAUGUUCAAUUUACAACAGUAUAAUUGUAGAAAAAUCCUCAAAAAGCUGGAAUCAGCAAAUAUUUGUCCCUAUGACUUCAAUGAUUAAUUGGCGUUUAAUUUUCUGUUGAUUAAGUGUAGUCAUGCAAGGAAGGGAGCACCUCAUAUUCCAGUAUGGACAUGAGGAAUGAGCGCAGCGGCCAAUAACUGUGUGUAGAUAUGAGGAUGUGAGUGUUGUGUUGAGGCAGACUUGAAAAAUUCUGAACUCGUCCUUUAAAUGCUGAAAGAAAAUGACUCCUCAAACACAAAUACAGUUUACGGAAAUGACAAGUUGUCUAAAUACAAUGUGAAGUAGUGUGUGUAUAAUCCUGAUGUCAGUGAAUUUAUUAGAAGAAACAUUGAGCUGAAUGGGACAAAAAUCCUUGCCAAAUAAUUAGCGUAUGUAUGAAAUUCCCCCUUUCUCCACAUUUAAUAUAUAUAGUUCUAUUAAUCUAAGCAGAUUCCACCUUGAAAUGUUUCCUCCUUGCUCUUUGAGUCACCUUUUUAAAGGUUUGUUUCUCUGUCGCUGUGUGACUUGAUGUCUUAUUUUCAUCGCUCAAGUCUUUUUAAAUCCUGAUUUGAUUAAACAAAAAAGUAAUGUCCGUGAAGUGCUUUCAUCUGAAAGCUCAUGUUACAAAAGGUCACAUGCAAAAAACAUGUUUUCUUGUCUAAUCGGAGCAUGUACGUGUCUAGUGUGUAAGAGUACAACGCCAACACAUCCUGGCAAGAUAAAACUCCCCCUUUACUCCUUUUUUAUCAGUAGAAAACAUGUUGUGCUGUGCGUGGACUUUUGCUGACUGCGGCAAAACUGUGACCUAAUCAGAAAUUCUUAAAGCCGUGUUAAGAUUUUGGUCAAGCCAGCACUGCAGCAUUGGAUGUCUUAAAAUGGGCAGCAACACAAAGGGUGUUGGAUUAAAUGGGAAAAAUGUCUUAGACACAUCCAGAAUAUUAGUUCAGUGAGAAUUUGCUGUGAAAAUUACCGUAGUGUUUCCUUGACCUUUCUGUCUUAGUUUUGCCUUGUUGUGGGUGAAUGGUGUUUUUUUUUUUUUGUCCCCCCCCCACCCCACAGUUUUGUAUUUUCCAAAUGUUGCUGCAUGACCAGUAGCCUCCCCAUCACCAUGGUAACAUCGACAGGACAUUUUAUUUACCAACACGAGGGAAAUACUGUGUGGUACAUAUGAAUUUUUAAUUUAUUGAAGCAGUUUUUGUUUGUGCACUGAGAUGAACUCUCCUCUGGUCUGAACUCUGUUUCGCCUCAUCCACAACACUUGAUCUUUGCAAUGAAAAUGAUAUCAGUUGUGAUUAAAAAAAUUAAAAUAAAUAAAUGAAAAGAAAAUACAAGGAACACGUGUCUUGUUUACUGACAUGUUUUAUUUUAUGGGGAAAAUAAUGAAACGAUAACAUUGGCUGAAUGGUAUUAAAAUUGUAUUACAAAAGAGCAAGUCUUUAUCAAGUGGUCUGAAUUUAGAAAGUGAUCAAAUUUUAAAAGAGCUUGGAAAAAAAAAAAUGGGGCAAUUUGUACAGCUUACAGUUUAUAUCAGUGGUCCAAAAAAUAUGUAUCAUUAAAAUACACUUUUAAUGAAAGAUUUGGUUAAUGAUUCUUCCCAGAAAGUCAUAAAAAUUCCCAAAUUCUCCUUUCCCUUUUCUAAAUUUGAUCUACUAAUGAACAAUAAAAAUAAUACUAAUAAAUUACAGUGCAAUUUAUAAGAAAUACCUGCAGGGCUUUUCCGCCCGUCAGUCUCUGCUAGCUCUCCUCUUCACUCAUCACCAGCUCCCACAAACACUUGCUUCUUAAUUUGGGUGGACAUUUUGGCACAAUCGACACUGAUGGGAGAUAUUUUGUGUCAUAAUGGUGUGGAGCCUGCGAGUCGGUUCAGACAGACAACUUCGUCAUAUUUAGUACAAAACAUCCAACACAGCCUUUUCAAUAAAGUUGCUGCUUAGUUUUAUCGUCACUCCCUGAUCUUUUCUGUGCUGAUUUUAGUGUAUGCAAAUGGGGAGUGACAAGGUCAGAGCCUGGACACCAACUACAUCAUACUCUACUCACUGCUACACGAAUCUACUACAGCUUUUGCAUUAAGGUGUUCCUAUCAGUUACACUAGUUUACUGAUUCGUCAUUUUUUACAGUCACUCCCUGAUUUUCUCAGCGCUGAGCUUAGUGUAUGCUAACAGGGAGUGACGAGGUCAGAACCAGGACACCAAAUGUAUGAUAUUCUACACGCUGCGACCUUUGCAGUCAGGUGGUCCAGUGAUCGCUGCUGUUUUACUACUCGGUUUGCAAACAUAUCGCCACUCCCUGAUUCUCUGUGCUGAGCUUAGUGUAUGCAAAUGGAGAGUGACAUCAAAUAUCAACUCUGAAGAAUACAUUCCCAGAAUAAAUCUUCCCCAGGUGAGUUGUCUGACUGAGUGAGCUUCACAGGCAACAUCUUUCCAACAACUUAAACCAAAGACAACCUGAACUGUCAAACUGCCAAUGUCAAACAUUUUAAUAAGAAUUAGCCAAAUCCAGUCAGAAAGAAAAAUAAACUGACAAUCUAAAUCUUCCUUCAAUUUCCAGAUAGUUUUGUCAGUUCUGGAUAAAAGUUAGGGGUGAGCAAUAUGGAUAAAUUCCCCUUCACAAUACAUGUAACUUCAUGUAAUAUUUAUACACAGGGUAAUAUGACAAAUUUCAGUUGGAUCACCUGUAGACAGGUGUGUAGGAAAUACUUUCAUGUGAAAGAAAAGGUUGAAUUCAUACACACUGAGGUUAUUAGAGAUACAUUUUAGUCAUGGACAUUGUGGGGCAUCCAUCAGGACACAUAUCUCAAAUAAACUCAGUGCUGACAGUGUGUGGGAAUUCAAAGUUUUCUCUUGCAUCGAAAAUCGAAUGAGAAAUGCUCAAAUUUGCAAAGAUACAAAAACAAAUAUGGUAAUAUGUUAUAGCAGAAACUUAUUGUAGGCUUUACAUUAUCAUACUGCCCACCCCUAGUAGUAGUUACUCACACAUCACGUUUAUAGUACGACACAGUGGGAGAGAGGUGGAGAAAUUGUAGGUGCACCUUUUGCACAUAGUACCAUACCAGAUUUUUGGGAUGAGUUGCACCUAAUCCAGAUCACAGUUCUUUGUGGGGUUACUGCAAACUUCACUCACCUGUCACCUGUCAUCAUAUAACAAAAGAUAUCAGCAAACUAUGGAUGCUCUAGUCUCACAGUUGAGCAGGCAGGACCUCAGAGGUCACAGAACACCAUGCUAGUAAAGUCAGUCAGCCACGGGACUCUGAACAUCUGAUAUAUUACACACAGCAACAUGUCUGAUAAAGCAUGUUACUUACAGUACAGAUGUGUAAAGACUACAGUAAAACGGGCGUGAGCCAGCAUUCAGAUUAAAAGGAAGAGAUCUGAUACUAAAUCUAAAUGUUCGUAAUGUAGAUGAACAAACAGCUCUCCCUGGUCCCUGGAAAUAUCUGAUCUGAACAGACUAUCAGCGAUUCAUACACAGCAGAAAAACAACAACUGGAAUACAAGCAGUGCUCUCAGAGGAAAAAAAACCAAAAAAAAACAGCAGCAAUUCCAAAACAAAUCAACAAUUAUAAAUUGAACUACAGCAAUAAUAAUAAUGAUAGCUGAAUGUAAAAUAAAAAGUUAGUUUCAACGCCCCAAGUUGCUGAUGUGGGGAUCAUGGAAGACAAAAAUAAACUAAAACAGAACGGACGCUUCUCCUACGGACAGACGUCAUCUGCGGCCUGCUCCAGCAGUACAAGCAUGCUGUUCAUCAAAACAAGCUUGAAUUUGAUCGAGAAGGUAGGAAGAAAUAGAAAUAUCCCUUAUUUUCUACAGGUGCAGCAGCUGUUUUCCACUAAACACACGUAUAGUAAAGCAGUGGGAUACAGGUAAAGCAGUCAAAUGAAAUAGUUCCCUUUCAGUGUAGUUUUAACAUCUUCCCAUAUGUGGGUUUUCUUAGGACAAAAUAGACUUCGGUAUCAUUCCUUCUCCGCAUUUAAAUGCCACAAGAAGGUUUUGUCACCCACUGGUUUGUAUGUAUUUGUCUGCCAACACUAUGUGUGUUCAGUGGUCACUGCUGCUUCAAAAAAUAUCACUUUUAGGAUGAAUUUUAGACAUUUAUAAAGACAUUAUGAUUACAUAGUUAGUUUUUUUCUUCAUUGUUUGUUUGUAAGACAAUUUCAUAGCAUAUUUCCAAAAUCAUUCCGAUGUCAUGCAUUCCUGAAUACCAUAAUGUGUGCAUACAUAUUGUUUUUUUUUUUUUAAAUCAUACUGAUUUUUAUCUUUACACAAAUUCUGGGCUACUGUUCUGAUUUCCUGUGAACCUGAUAGCCGCCACCACCCAUGAACUGGUUAUAAAGGUAAUUCAGAUCCAUAUCGGUUUUAACAAAUUAAAUCAUGAGGAUGACACUUAAACCCAGUCAAUCAAUUCUAGCUAUUUGCUGUCAUUAAACCAGCAAUCAGCUUGUAUGCCUUCAUGUCAGUGCAGCAACAGAUGCUUUGCAACACACACUGGGGAAGGGCCAAUAAAAGAAAAAAGAAAAAAGAAAAAAGAAAAGAAAA